UCUGGCGUCGAUGCGGACGCCCAUUUGGCGCGGGUGCGCUCGCUGAGGCCAGCGACCUUGGGAGUAGCUCCAUUCGUUUGUUGCUCAGACAUUGUGAAUUCUGAUGAUGAGAGAUAUGAAAUAGGUUGGAGGAGACUGUUGCUUGAGCGGUUCAGCCAGACGUGGUAGUCCGUCUCUUAUACUUCGCCCGCCCCCAAUUGUUCUCGGUUAUGGCCAUUUUAGACACCGAAUUGAUCCCACAAAUGCUCCCCCCCCCGCACUUCAUAACGCGGGGCAAUUGUGAUUAUUGUGUAUUGAACGUCAUUUUGGCCGUCCGGGCCGAUAAUCGCAGCUGGGAGUUAGGUGUAGAGAGAUCCGUCGGAGCGGAUAUAUGGGUGUGGCGGGUCUUCCGUCGGACGAACAUACAUUGGCGGAACUCGUGCGGCAACCACGUCUUGGUGUUGCCGAUUAUUUGGUAUGCCUGGUGUCCUGGAAAUCUUAUUCCGCACACUCCCUUGCAAGAAGUAUGCGAAGGGCGAAUAGUCUUGUUUGUUAGUAGCGAACAAUGCCGUUAUUCCGUCGUGUUCACAGCACGUCUGAACUUCUUUGGAGGGAACUAUAUUUCCAGAGCCGAGCCGGUGAAUGGUUUGCAAGGCGCAAAGGUUUCUAGAGUAGAGCUACUAUGCAUGUGAGUUAGGACUGAAGACGCAGUAGUUGUGCAAAUCAACGAUGCGAAUACAUUCAGUGUACAC